AUGGCCCAGCAACAACAACCCCUGGCGGCCUACGCCCACUACCAGCACUACAUCGUGACGGCGCCGUCCCCGCUCGUAGCGCACGUGGAGAUCAACCGGCCGGCCAAGCUCAACGCCUUCCACGAGGCCAUGUGGCUGGAGCUGCGCGCGGUGUUCCGGCAGCUGUCGGCGGACAGCGACGUGCGCGCCGUGGUGCUGUCGGGCGCGGGCGACCGCGCCUUUACCGCCGGGCUGGACGUUACGGCGGCGAGGGAGGGCGGCGUGCUGUCGGGAGCGGAGGGCCUGGAUGGGGCGAGGACCGCGGCUAGGCUAAGGCGCUAUAUCGCUGAGUUUCAGGAGUGUUUGUCGGCUGUUGAGAGGUGUGAGAAGCCUGUGAUCUGCGUCAUGCACGGUGUUGCCAUCGGGCUGGCCAUCGAUCUCUCAUGCUGCGCCGAUAUCCGGGUAUGUGCCAAGGAUGCGCGGUUUGCCGUCAAGGAGGUCGACAUCGGGCUGGCGGCCGACAUUGGCACCCUCGCGCGCUUGCCCAAAGCAGUCGGCAGCCAGUCGUGGGUCAAGGACGUCUGUCUGACGGCGCGCGGCUUCGACGCGGCUGAGGCGCUCGCCGUCGGCUUUGUGAGCCAGGUACACGAUUCCAAGGCCGCCGCGCUGGCCGCGGCCGUUAAGACGGCCGGGUUCCUCGCCUCCAAGAGCCCUGUGGCUGUGCAGGGGACCAAGGAGUUGCUAAACCACAGCCGGGACCACACGGUCGAGGAUAAUCUCCGGUACACGGGCGUCUGGAAUGCCGCUGCCCUCCAGACCAACGAUGUGGCGGCCGCGCUCAUGUCGGGGUUGAACAAGAAAAAGCCUACAUUCGAGAAGCUGUGA